GGUUUUUAUGUUGGCAGCUCUAAUUGUUUAUGUUCUUUUAUUGACAAGUAACUGAAUUUUGACAUAUAAAUAUAAUAUUAGCUGGAAAAUGCUAAAAAACUGCGGAAUUUACUUGAAUACCUGAAUGUAUUUACGCAAAAUGAUAUUGAGGAUAAGGUUUUAAUAUGGAAUUAAAAGUUUGGGUUGAGGGUAUACAGAGAAUUGUAUGUGGGGUGACUGAAUCCACGACGUGUCAGGAUAUAGUUUUUGCUUUAGCACAUGCAACUGGUAAAUCAGGUAGAUUUACUUUGCUAGAACGGUGGAGAAAUAAUGAAAGGCAACUUGCCCCCAAUGAAAACCCUAUGAAAAUUUUGAUGAAAUGGGGUGAAUAUUCCAAUGAUGUUCAAUUUAUUCUGCAAUAUAAUGACAAAUCUGCGCAAAACCCCCCCAAAAAUAAGUCAAACACAAGUACACCCACCCAUUCGGUGACCCCUAAUAAUUUAAUCGACUCCCCAGAGAAAGUGAGGGAUACAACACCAAAGCCACACAUAUUUAGUGCAAACAACAUAUUGUCCCCGGAAAACAUAGGGGUAGUUAAAGGGGUGCCCCAAAUAAGACCUGUACCUUUGGAGGUGCGCGAUUUUCGUAACAACUCGCCCCACAGCUCCCCAAAAAAAAGCAGCUACUCGGGCUCGGACAUAUCGGAUAACCUCAAUUCGAGAGUGGCGCCCCCUUACAAGGACCCGCCGCAACCGCCCCCUUACAGGGACCCGCCGCCGCCCAAGCGAAACAUUCUCCAGGAGAGCAACACGAAAAGUAUCGUAAAUCAUGCGAGGAGUUUGUCGAAGGAUGGGUUGGAGUUUCGAGGGAAAUCCCAGGAGAAUAUUCUCUAUAAUGCUCAGUACAGGGAGUUGAUUGCUUUGAUUAACUAUCAGAGGGAGAAGUUGUCCAAUCAGCAGGCAGAUUUGACCAAGUUUGAUGCCGAAAUAGUGUUUUGGGAGGGCAAAGAGAGGGAAAAACAAUUGCAGCUGGACUACAUAGCCCAGGAAUUCGUUUCCGUUACAAACGACUGUAAAAACGCUCAGGAUCAGAUUCAGGCGUUGAGCUACGUUGAAGAAGAAAACGAGAUAGUAAAACAGCAAGAAAAAACGCUGAAAUCCGAGAUAACGCUUCUGAGAUCGAAGCUGGCGAACUGCGAGACCGAACUGUUGCAGUGCAAGAACAAAAUAAGGUUAGUUAUGGACGAACUUCAGAUCGAACAGAGGGCGCACUGUCGCCGCACUGAGUCCAGAAAACAGUUGGAAAGGAAUUUAAUGAGCGAGGUGGAGAGGCUACAGAAAGAUAUUGAAGUGGCUAAGCAGAGUACUGAGUUGCAUCAUAUCACGGCCGAAACCCUAAAGAAAGAGGUUGCAGCCCUGGAAACGGCGAUCAUCGAGAAGAAGAAGCAGGUCGAGCACCUCGUCUCGGAGAUGAAGGAGGCCAACCUGGAGUCGCUGAGCAUAGCGCCGCCCGAAGACAUACGUCAGAUAGUGGAGGGGCCGCAGAAGGCCGGCAGCACCCGAAAGAUGAUCGGCUCGCCUCGCCAGCUGGAAAACGCCGUGCCGACCAAUAAGAACCCGCACGGCGUGUGGGUUUGAGUGCGGCCGUUGCUUGAACUGUUUGUGUUUUUUUCCCGGUGGAAGUUUGAAGGAUUAAGCUCGAUUCACAUUGUCAGGCAUACAACUGCACGGCACAGACACCUGAUAAUGUGAAUCAAGCUUUAAUAAGAAUAUUGUCGAAUUUGAGUCUUCUAGAACGUGGUAAGUCAUUUAAAUUAUUUGGAGGAAUACAUGUAUGUAUUCUUCGUUUGACGAGUAGAAAACGAUAUGGUGAGUAAAUUUUUUUUAAC